GAUUUUAUCUUACUCGACUGACAGGAAACACUGUCUAAUGAUUACAUUUUAUGAUGUCUACACAUGCGAAUGCUCAGUACUAGAAUUAUAUAAAAACAAAAUUAUUGAAAAGAGUAUGUUAUUUUAAAAAAUAAACCCAAAAAUCAGCUAAUGUCUCUUGAAUUGCACAAAGUCCUUUUGGUUCUUUCAAUCGCCAAUUCGGCACUGGUUCGAGCUGCGCUGGAAGUUCGAAUAGAAUCAGUUACGAAAAUUUUUGGAGACAAUGAAACACUCUUUGAAUUUAAUUUCCGAUUGGUUGGCCGGCAACGCCUAUUGAAUGGAACAGUGAUCAUUCACGUCGAUUUGGAUAACGAAUACGAUGUGUCAAAUGAUGUAUUGUCACUCAGAAAUGGAGAGUGGGAGUCCACGAAUGUGGCCGUGAAUUUCAAAACCUGCAAGUACAUGGCGCUAAUUUAUGACAGGUACUUUGCGGUUUCAUUCAAGGACUCAAAUAUUCCAAAAAGUACCGAAGCCUGCCCAAUCAAAAAAGGUGAAUAUUAUGCCAGAAAUGUGGAGGUAAUCGCCGACAAUUGGGUCCAAUAUACCAAAUUGGGCUUAGUCCGGUCGAUUUUGGUUGUUAAAAAGGAUAACGUGGUAUAUGGGGGCAUAGAUGUUGUGCUGGUUUUGAGUCAGAAGAUCAUGUAACCAGAUUAUUGAUGUGAUAGGUGGCAAAGGGAAUGGAAGAGUCAAGUUAAAUAUUAUGUGUAUUUCGAUCGGAUCUCCUUUGCGCGGAAGAUAAAACUGAUUAAAGAAUGUUUUUUAAAAGCCAUUAUCUUAAAUGGCUAAUACGUUGUGUUCGCUCAAUAUCUUGUGUAUCAUACUGAUGCUGGAAUAACGCAUAUCAAAGAGAUUCGCAAAGGCUUGCCAAUGAAUUAUGAUUUCGUGUAUAAUAUUCUGCUUUCCGAUUCCUCGACUUCUGCCUUGCGGUUUGCAUUCCGCCCACUAGCUGACCAAAAUAAAAUCAACCAUCGUUGAAAUCAAUUUGCUGGUCUUUCU